GGUCGACGCACGAACCAUUCGCUAUACGCACGUGUGUCCGACCGCACAAUCGCCGCGCACGUUUUACCGCCGAGAUUGUCGUCGCAAUAAUUUUUUUGCUUCGCAUAUUUUACAACUCGUACACGAAACCGCAUCCAACACAACUCGAUCGUCUCUCUUUCUCUCUUUCUCCUCCUCUCCAAAUCGGGAGUGACAUUUAAUUACAAUUAUUAUCCGUUAUUGUUGUCGUUCGUUCUAGUGGGACGCUGCCGGUUUUCGUCGCGGUGGCCACUUUUUCGCUCCCGCGAGAGGAUUUGCUCGUGCCACCGUCGGUCGGCCGUUUCGGAGUCGCAGUGUCCGCGUCCGCAGCGCAACCGGAUGGCAUGAGCCGCAGACCCGUUGCAGUCGCAGUCGCCGUCGUGGUCGCCGUCGUGGCGGCCGUGUCGUCGAUGUCUGGCGCCUAUGCGGACACCGUGUCCGCCGACGUGCUACCGGACGGCGAAGUCGAGAUUCGCGUGAGCGCCGGUAACGUGACGGCUAAACGGACCUCGUUCACUUCACCAGAUACCGGGGAAGAGUUGAUGUUGCACCAAGUCACAGACGGAGUGCAUUUCAUGCAAAUGAUAUACGGCACAGGAAUGACGCUCUUCGACUGUGAGUACGUCAAGGAACCUGAGACGGCCACACAUUUCGUUCGGGAGUUUUGGAAUGAGGAGCAAGGCAAGAACCACACAGUGGGGUCUUUGACUAAAGAAUAUGCCUCCAUGGUAAAUUUCAAACAUUUGAAAAAAGCUUGUCAUAAAAACCAUAAGAAAACGAGAAGAAGACUUGCGAACGAAUACCAUCAGCAGCAACAUGAGAGCAUCACUGACGUCGUCGGUAAAGACGGCAAACGGCGAAAGAGAGAUCUGCUGUCCGUGUUGAGAGUUCCUGGUACAAAAUGGUGUGGGAAAGGACGUUCAGCGAAGUCGUACAGACAACUCGACGGGUUCGGUGGAGCGGAUCGAUGUUGCAGGAUUCACGACACGUCUUGUCCAAUGUGGAUAGGCGCUUUGCAAAGUAAAUACGGUCUGUUCAACUGGAGGCUGAACACGCUCAUGCACUGCUCGUGCGACCGCAGGUUUCGGUCGUGUUUGAAAACGAUCGGUACCGGAUCCGCGAACCUGAUCGGCAAGCUGUUCUUCAACGUGGUGCAGACAAAAUGUUUCGUACUGAAACGUGUGCGGGUGUGCACGAAAAAAACGUGGUGGGGCAAGUGCCACAGACACGAAAAUAGGAAGAAAGCUUACAUCAGGAACAAUCUUACGUAUUGAACACUUCGCAUUUGUAUAUAAUUAACCUAUAUAUACGUACAUAUUAUUUAUAAAUAAAUUAUAAGAGUUUUUAUUCUUGUGUAGAGAACUCUGCAGAGCAACUUAUUUCCCACUAUUACACUCUAUACCUUGCUGGCAAACGUUGUUGUAGUCAUAAAUAUGUAUAUAGGUUUAGCCGUGUAUUAUGUACGGUGUACUGUUGUACCUAUAUAGGUACCUAGCCACCUAGGCACUGCAUGCGAUCAGCCAUAAUUCUUAUUCUUAUACUGCUAAAUUAUGUCAUAGAUAUAAGCACGAUUCAUGGUUCCAUUGAGAUGGCUAAAUUAUGUAUGUAUAGUAGGUACAUUAGACAUAUUUAGAUUAUGAUCAUUAUAAUAUUGUAGCAACCGAGGUCAAUACACAUUACACAUAUUGUCGCGCAUAGUUUCUUGUAUCUAUUAUAUACUUACUUUUUUUUCGUACAUCGUAUUUUACAUUUGUACCUAUAUUUAUAGGUUUAUAUUAAUAAGUUUAUGUUUUUGCUAUACAACCACGAUUUGUGUAUUUUUAUCUGUUGACUUGCCUUGGAAUGUAAUCAACGACAAUCGAACAUUUCAACCGUCGGUAUCUUAGGUAUACUUACGUGGUAGGUCAUUUACAAAUAAGAAGAGUAUAUUUGGAACAACUGAUGGAAAAAUAUUGAAUAACUUCAUCAAUCACUGCCAUAUGUGUGUAUUCAAAAAUACGCCAAUCCUCAUAAUAUUUGCAAGUACGGAUUGUGUUACAUGACACGUAUAUUAAAUUACGUUUACAAAUGACCUGUUGUGUGUGUGCGGUUUCUUUUUUAUACAUACAUUUCCAAUGUGUGAACAAUUAAUAUUAUCCCUGGAACUUGCUAUAUAGAUGGUAUGAAUAAUAAAUUAAUAUUUCCUAUAAAAAAAAAUAAAACAGUAAGAACUGAUCUCUAGACAUACUGCAGAAUAUGGCAUAACUAUUUAUCAGAUCAAACAACAUUAGACGGGUCUAAAUUUUAGUUGAUUUACCAACAACUUUUAAUUUAAUUUCUCUAUCUAGUAUCUAUAUAUAAAGCGAUAAACAAAAAUAAAUAAAUAAACAAACACUAUUUUGUGGAUCUACAAGUUACUUUAAAUUAAUAUAUAGGUACCAAUGUUCAUUAUUGUAUUUUACUUUGUUAAUGAAAAAACAUAUGAUGUAGAAAUUAUUACAUUACCUACAAUGUAUACCAAUGUAGAAAAUCACCAAGUAUACCUAACCUAUCUAAUUAUACGUAAUUUCAUGAUAAUUAUUUUAAUAAAUAUGUGAAAAAUUCUAUUAUCCUAUCUAUACAUUAGAUACCUAUAUAUAAGUACUUACGACUCCGUUGUGUGUAGUUAUUUUUUAUAACAAAAUAUAGUAACAGUUAUCAUUUUUUAUUUUCUGUUUAACUUUACCUACCUACAUAUGACAGCAAUAGAAAUAUUAUUCGCCAAUUGUUCAACUAUUUGUUUACUGCGUUUGUUUUGUAAAAAAAUAUACGUAAUAUAGAAACAUUAAUAUUCUUACACCUGUGUUUAAAGCGAUUUGUCAACAUCAUGAUCUUCGGAUCAUAUGUGCGUAGGUAUACAAAAACUAAAAUUAAAUUACUCGUACAAAGUUUGUAAAUUAGAAUAGGUAAAUAACUAUAAAUAUUUAAAACAAUGUCUUGUGUUGUAUAGAUAAAACGUAACUAACCUCGCCAAAGUCAGUAUUAUUAUACAUUUUUUUAUUACAUAAAUUGUUAGUAAUAAUAACGUUAAUCAUAUUAUAACAAAUAAACUAUAGAAUAUGUUGUAAGUUUGCAACAGGCACAAUAUAUACAUAAAUUACUAGUGUGUCAUAUAAAAAAAUAUUAAGUGAAUACUGAAUGCUAAUAAAUAUGUGUCAUGUAUUUAUUUAUGUUGAUUUUAAAUAUUAGAUAGGCAUAGUUAUGUUAGUAUCUAUUUAUUCGAUGCUGUACAAUAUAAUAGGUAUAAUAUUAGAGUAUACCGCAGCCGGUAUACCUACGUAAGUAUGUUGAAAAUUUGUAAUGUACGAGUAUGUAUUUUAUUGUAGACAAUAUUAUUAUAAUUAAGUAUACUGUGUAAUUUGUGUACUAUUACUUAUUAGCUAGUUAUUUAGGUAUUCAUUCUAUAUGGUUUAUCAAUGUUUGAUGUUUUUUUUUUAAUAAAAUAAAAAACAGAUCAACAAAACUA